CUAUAUAACCAAAUUUCGUAAGACUGGGCUGUGAAUUAUGUUGAAUCCUGUUUGAUACCCCAAACAGGAUAUCCCAAAACAGGAUCCCAAACAGUAUCACCAGAUGGAAUUCCAAAUACCUCUUUAAAGUGGACUAGAAGUCUUUUAUAGAGUAGGAACGUCUCAUCCUGAUGCCAGGUGGAUUCGGCCCAGAGCAUCGCUUUGACAAGAACGUUUCCAUAUGUUGCACAUGGUGACUUAAGGUUCCUUGGAAAACAUGCCACAUGUUUUCAUAUUGAAGUCUGGCUUGAUCGUGAAAACGUGAUGGAUCGUGUGAUAUUCUUCUGUUUUGUAUUGCUCUUGGAUGGUGCGUUUGGUGCUGAUGUUUCAGUGUCAGUGAUGAAGAGAGAUCACGUUACUCUUCCCGUUAAAAGUGAUGAAAUAAAGGGAGCUUCUAAACUGGAGUGGAAGUUUAAUGAUAACAUUAUAGCAAGUUCUAAUGUACAAUUGAACAUUCAGACUGAAGCACAAUACCCUGAUGGGAGAUUUAAAGACAGACUGUAUCUGCAGAGUUGGACUGGAUCUCUCCAAAUCAACCGAAUCCAAACUGAAGACACUGGACUAUAUAAACUGGAGAUCAAGAGCAGUGGAGGAUCAAAAUACAAGACAUUUAAUGUUACUGUCAGCGAUAAAGUGGAGUCAGUAUCAGCAUUGGAGGGAGAAACUGUCACUCUGGAAACUCGAUCAAGUCCACAUUCAGAUGAUGUGACCGAGUGGAGGUUUGAAGGAUCUCUCAUAUUUAAAGAGGAAAGAAUGCUUGAUCCCCAACCAGAUCCUUAUCAUGAUGAGAGAUUCAGAGACAGACUUAAUAUGCAUUCGUCCGGAUCUCUCAUCAUCAUGAAGUUAAAAUCUGAAGACUCUGGAUUUUAUGAUGUAAACAUCAAAAGCAAAUAUGGCAUCCUUCACAAGAGAUUCAGUCUUACUGUCACUGGAUCCAGUCCGAGGUCACACCAGGUGAAGAUUGGUCCAGGAUUGUUUGUAGUAGUGAUCAUGUUGGUCAUAGUCCUGGUAUAUUAGCCUGCUAUAGGAGGUGUAAGUAACACGAAUAUAGAAAAAUGAAUGAGAUCCAUGAACAUUAAAACAAGUCGACCUCAUACAGUAUAUAACUUCAAACACAGCUUACGAUCUACAGCUGAAGUUAUCAGUUAUUAAUCUAUAAAACUAAAGAUGUGAGAUUUUUUCAAAUAGAUUUUAUUAUAAAUAUUAGUCAUUUGGUUUUGGGACCAUGUAUGGUGUAGGGCAAGAGUGUGCAAAGGUUGCAAAGUUUUUAAAUCCAGGUGAAGGGAACUAUGUGCAUGAAAAAUAAAGCAGUCAAAAUCAAUACUCAGUUCCCAUUAGGGUUGCAAAGGGGCAGAAAGUUUCCGGUGAAUUGAGAAAUAUAUACAAAAUAUGUAUGCAUGAUGACAAAUGUAUAGUGCAUGUUUAAGAAGGACACUUAAUGCAUUAGCAGUUUAUUAGAGUAGAGAGGAAACAUAUGUAUUUGAAAGAAUAAUGCACUUGUAAAAGAUAUAAAAGAAUGUGUUAUCAUCAAGGUGGGAUGACUUAUAGGCAUAUUAAAGAAGACUGCGGCGCAGAAGAGCUUGAAGACGAAGAACAAAGGCAUGGGAAAGAUUUUAUAGAGACCAUUAAAGACGUUUCCUGAGAAAUGUAAUGUUUCAGGGAAAUCUGGCAUCAUGUCGAUUAACUUAAUUAGAUUCUGGAUCCAUUCCAAAUCUCUAAUGCCGGUCAGCCUGAAGCAUUUGCUUUUAUUUGAGUUGUUAGCUGUAGACCUUGUGUUUUAUUUUUUGACUUGAUUUUGAAGAGAUCUAAUUGUAAUACUACCAAAUUGUAUUAAUAAAAAUUAUACUUAUAAAAGACAAUAACA